AUGAAGUGUUUUCCUUUUUUUUGUUCCAGUGAUGAUUUUUGUUCCCCCACACAAAAAUGAAAAAUACUAAAAAGGAACUGUAACAGAAAUUAAGGUUCAGAUCUUCCCUUUUCUAAGAACAAAAAAACAGAAAUAAAACUACCUUAGUCUCAGCAGGAAAAGCAGAAUCAAAUAUUGCGGAAUAUUAUUGGAUUUAAACAUUUAUUUCAAGCUUUAAAAAAAAAUCAUAAGACCGGUCUAAGCAUCCGCCGGCGUCUCGCAAGCACAGCUGAAGCGUGUUAGAAAGAUAGCAGACUAGUGGAGAAGUCAGGUGGAUACCUGAGCUAGUGUAGGACUUUGGUGAUUUGAAUUCACUUGGUUUUUGGAUUAGACAUUUUCCCUGUGCUGGAUUCUUCGUCUGCCUAGAAAAUGGAUUUGCGACUGAGUUUCUUCUUUUGCUUUCUCGCCACUCCGAUUGUCGGGGAAAACACAAGCGGUAAAGCCCGGAGUUGUUCGGAUGUCCGACAGUUUUACAGCGGCAAGGGCUUUCACUUGGUCGGAGUCCCCCAGACUGAAAUAUCGGGCGAACACCUGCGAAUCUGCCCCCAGGGCUACACCUGUUGCACCAGUGAGAUGGAGGAGAGUUUGUCCACCCUGAGCCGCCGCGAAUUCGAGGGACUAGUGAAGGAGGCCGGCCACUCACUGCAGCUCUCCCUCACCACUCAGUACAAGAGCUUUGAUGGAUACUUCCUGGAUUUGCUGAACCAGUCAGAGCGCUCUCUGCAGGACUCUUUUCCAGCAGUGUACGGGGAGUUGUACACGCAGAACGCCCGCCUCUUCAAGGACCUGUAUGCCGAGCUGCGGCGCUACUACCGCGGCUCCAACAUCAACCUGGAGGAGGUGCUCAACGAGUUCUGGGUGCGGCUCCUGGAGAGGCUCUUCAAGGCCCAGAACCCCCAGUACGUCUUCGGUGACGAGUACCUGGAGUGCGCCGUGAAGCAGACGGAGACGCUGCGGCCAUUCGGCGACGUGCCCCGCGAGCUGAAGCUGAAGGCCACGCGCGCCUUCAUCGCUGCCCGCUCCUUCGUCCAGGGCCUGGGGGUCAGCAGUGAGGUGGUGCGCAAGGUCUCCCAGGUCCCACUCAGCCCUGAGUGCACCCGUGCCCUCAUGAAGCUGAUGUACUGUCCGCACUGCAGAGGAAUGCCUUCCGUGAAGCCGUGCAUCAACUACUGCAGGAAUGUCAUGAAGGGCUGCCUUGCCAACCAAGCAGACCUGGACACUGAGUGGAGGAACCUCAUUGAGUCCAUGCUCCAGGUGGCUGACCGUUUCAAUGGACCGUCCAGCGUGGAGGUUGUCAUCGGUUCCAUCCACACCAGGAUCUCAGAGGCCAUGGUCAACAUGCUGGAUAACAGUGCACACUUCACCAGCAAGGUGUUCCAGGCCUGUGGGACCCCCAGAGUAGGAGGCACCCAGGUCUCUGGGUCUGAGGACAAGAAGAAACGUGGGAAAAGUCCUGUGGAUGAAAAGGCUGGGCUGGGCUUGGAGAAACUUGUGUCUGAUGUGACUGGUAAGCUAAGGGAGAUGCAGCAGUACUGGGUACAGCUGCCCAAUGCUCUUUGUACUGACAAGGUUUCUGCAGCACCAGCCAGUGAGGAUAAAUGCUGGAAUGGCAUGUCCAGGGCAAGUUAUCUCCCUGAAGUGAUGGGUGAUGGCCUGGCCAGCCAGAUCAACAACCCCGAGGUGGAGAUUGACAUCACCAAGCCAGACAUGACCAUCCGCCAGCAGAUCAUGCAGCUGAAAAUCAUGACCAAUCGGUUGCGCAAUGCCUUCAACGGCAAUGACGUGGAUUUCCAGGACACUAGUGAUGAUGUCAGUGGCUCGGGAAGUGGCGCCUGCGUAGAGGAAUUGUGCCCCCGUAGCACAGAUCGCAACACCAUCCCCAACACAGACCAACCGAUACAGUACGCCAUUCCUGCCGAGAACAAGAAGGUCGUCAAGGGCACAGCCAGCCAAGCCCUUCCCCACUCCACCCUCCUCCUGCUCUCAUUGGCUGUGGUGCUUUUCAGGCGGUAAUUGACAGGCUGUGUCACCAAUUGGGACUGAGUUCGGGGGACAAGGGUUGGGGAUGGGAGAGGGGGAGGGGCAAAGGUUGAAGCCGUUAACUUUGCCAAAAAAAAGAAGCAUAAAUGAAUGGACUAUCUUUUAUCUUGGAGGAAAAAAAGGAAUAAAAAAUUCUUAGUUUUUUUUUAAAUAUAUGGCACGAUUAGAGCUGGUCUUUGGCAUCUUUUUAUUUCCGGUGUUUGGGUUCUCUGAAAAUUCUGUACCUCAGAAAUGUUUUAAAAAUACUCUAUAGAUAUAUAUAUAUAUUUGAAUUUUGUCCCUGGAAGCAUCUGAUCUCUGAGAAGGCUUUGAAGUAGUGCUGAGAUAAACUUUUGUUUUUCCACUGUUUCAAACAGGUAUUGGGUAUAUUUAUUUAUUACAGGAAAGGAAACCCAUUGGGGGAAAAAUGUUUUUGAGUAGUGAAGUGAACUGGCCAAAAUACCAAGUUUCAUAUUAUAACCAUUUGAUUCCAAAUUACUUGCAUACUUAUCUUUUGAUACAUUGCUAACCUUGUGUUUUAUGGCUAUGUUUAUUGUAAAUGAACCAUGACAAAUAUUGCCUAUCCAGCACAUUAGAAAUGUUUUCAAUUCUUUUACAAGAAAACUGCAAAGUUAAAAAAGAUCAAUGCUCUUUUUUUCUGAUUUCCCUCUUUUUAUUAGGACAUGCAGAGUGGUGUAUGAAAUGUUGAAAAUUCAAAGUUUUUGCUCAGCCCUACUAAUUAGCUGUGGAUAAAAAAGAGAUAGAAAGAUAUUCUCCCAGGAUCUUACUUUUUAAUGGAUUAUGAGAUGCAGAAGGAAAAAUGUUUGUUAUCCACUUCCUAGGGGUUGCAUUUGAAGACCUAAACAUUUGGAGAUCUAAAUCCAUUAUGUCAGAUUCAAGUAUUAGCCAAUAACAGGAAUCAAAAGUAAUUUUCAGUGCAGGGAGGCCAUAAAUACCUUCCCAGUUUUUAGUUUUUGUAAACAAAAGAUUUGUCAACCUGUUUAAAAAAUUCUGCAUUUGCAAGCACACUUACAAAAUACAAGCUGUCCAUCUGCUUCUCUUAAUAUUUCAUUUCUUUAGAAAUGUUAGGCUGGUACUAUAACAAAUACUUUAGACAUCACGCAGUCUUUGUCUCUGUACAGUCUAUGAUGUCAGUUCAGAGAAGUCAGUGGAUGUGUGAAGCCUGGUUUCUUUAUUGUUAGUCUUAUCCGUUAAACUUCAAAACGGCACCUUCAGGUACGAUGAAGAAGAUGGAAUAAAUAAUGUAUACAGAUCGUUUCGGUUUUGUUAUUUUUAUAGAGGAGUCUUUCCAGAUCAAAAAAGAAUUGUUUGUUGUUUUUUGUGGGAAGUCUAGAUGAAAUGUGAAAGGGGUUUUUAAAUAUUUUAAAUGUUGUCUGGCUUCUGAGUACUUGUGGCACUAAGACAACUGUCACCACAUCAGACUUCUGCCACCUUUAAAAUUGGAAAAAAAAAGUGUUUUAAUACUAUCUAGAAAAUGAAGUGUGUGAUAUGGAGUACCAAUACAUUCCCACAGAAAGCUGCCCAUUGUACUAAGAUGCCCUAACUAUCCCUCAUGUGAACACGCAAAACAGAAAUUCUAACUGAAGCCUUUAUAUAGUUUACAGUAUGUUGCCUUGGUGUGCAGCAAUAGUUUAACUGUUUUGUUUUUAUUGCUGUUGUCUGCGAUUGCACAAAGAAACUUGAGCAAAAGGAGUCUGAUUCAUCCUUAAUAUUUAAUAUUAUUAUUUAAUAUUAAAUAUUUACUUAAUGUUUUAUGUUAAGUGCUCAUUCUCAGUCCUAAAUGUUAAUUAGUACCAUGCUUAGAAUUGAUUUUAUUUGCACACAGACUCUCAUCAUUUUAUUAAUCUUAACUUCUGCACACAGAUCUCCAGACAUAAACUCAGUUUCAGUAAGCACACAUUAUAUCAUGCUUACACUAAGAAACAGCAUAUACUAACAAGCAGCAUAUCUGUGUGAGAAAUAUGUACAGUAGAUACCUGCCACAAGUUGGUAAAUCUGUAAUACUAUAUGCUAAAGACGAGUUAUAUACAGUAUAUUUAGCCUUUGGAGAAUGUCAAAUUCAAUUCUGGAAUUUAGAUUAUGGUUUUGUCAUUUUAAAAUUCUCAGUUUACAGAUGUGAUGGGACAUUGCUUUAAUGGAGAAUUAGAAUAUAUGUUUGGUGCUGUUGUUCCUAAAACCUUGUGUCAAAUGUAUGUGAAAAGUCCUUAAAAAUGAUUGUGUCAAACCUAUUUCACAUUUUCCUAUCUGUUAUCAUUACACCAGAGAAGGACCACUGCCAAUCCUAAAUGUAAGAAGGAAAAAAGAAAACUUAAGAUCCUGAACUUAUCUUUCAGGAAAACUAAAUUUCUGGUUAAUUUAAAAUCUGUAUCAGCUAUGUGAUCAGAUUACCCCUUUUGAUGAUUAUAAAUCAAGGAAAACAAACAAUAAGGACCCUUCACCCAACACAUUAACAUCUGGGAUGCCACUCUUCUGUGGUUCAUAGGACCAUUGUGGGACAGAUUCUGCUGCACAUUGUUCAGGGUUUAUUAUUUCAAAGAUUCAAGAGAGAUAGAGUAUUGAGUAUUCAGAGUAUUUCGUCUUCAAUUAAACAGAGAAAUGUUUGUUCUUUAUCCCGGCGUUAUAUUUCUUAAAUGCACAAUCCAUGUCGCUAAAACACCAAGGCCCUUCACAUCCCAAUAAAUUUAGUAAGAAAAUAAAAAAAAUCAAAUGUAAAUCUUGAAACAUGAUAUCCAAGGUCAUUUGAUUUGUAAAUAAAUGGGAAGCAAGCCAUAUUAGUUUAAUAAAUUAAAAAAAUAAAUUCAAUAUCAAGGAGUGCAUUGAAAGAACGUUGUCUUCCUGCCUCCUGUGGCUGUAAAAGGGGCAGUGUUGGCAAAGGAAGUAAAUAAGAGCCCUAUUCAGUUCUGAUCUUACUGUUUAUGACACAAGGCUGCAUCGUUUCUCACAUAGUUUGGGUUUUGUUCUGCCUAAUGUCUUGAGAUUGUACAUUCAAUCUGUUUAAGGGGCAAGUGUAAUUACUGUAAGUUAGUAUCACUCUGUCGUGAAGAAUGUGGAGAUAUAGGAUGUAGAGGAUGUCUGUGGCUGAUAAGUAAUUCACACUGAGGUACUAAAAGCUCGGCUUUAUUCCUGCCCUCUGGGAAAGUACUCAAAGGUACUGAUAAUUGCUCCUAUAAUGAAGUCCAAGUCAGUGUUUACACCUUAGUUUCUCCCUGUUCAGUCUUGUCACAACUUGCAUUUACAUCUUUAGGCAACACUGAUGUAAACACGUCAGAUGGAUCACAUGAGGAAUGGCUAUUACAGAUGCAGACAUGAGUGAUACCCAAAGUGCUAUGCAAUCCUGGAGGUUUCAUGCUUCAGAGGCUAUGUUACAUUCUUUCCCCAAAAGUAAUUCUCUUUUAACCAAUACCGUUGGUUAUUUGGUGUUUCAAAGAAAAAUGCUCUUCAGCUUGAAGAAAAGCCGUCAGGCCUCCAGCUUAUACAGUAUGUGCAUUGCGCAAUGCUGUGUUGAAGCCUAGAUUAAAGUAAUUGAAUUUUAAUUUUCUCAUAUCUGCAAAUAACCAGGAAAAAAUGUGAUUUUUAUUAUUUAAGUAGUUUAUUUACAUAGGCAUGGCAUUGGUCCUUUCCACCCAAGUUUGUCUGAAAUGAAAAUAAAUGUUUAUAAAGGCAUUUGAGAUUGAAUUACCAUAAGCAACUACCUAACGGAAGUUAACCAUUAAUGAAAGAAGAAAAAUCACCAUUACCUCCCUAUCUGGAUUUGUACCUUCUUCAAUGGGUCUGAAGAAUGCAUGGAAUGUAGGGUAGUUCCUGUUGAAAGUUUCCAUCGUCUGCUACAACUAAAAUGGCAAAAAAAAUGUUCGACAUCAAAAUGUGAGUAUGGAUUUUCAUAACUGGCAAACCCCAAAAUCUAUUUCUUACUGUGUGAUGUAAAUGUAUUUUUGAGCAAAGCCAUAAGUCUAUGCUAACUCCCUCAUGUACAACAUCCCACUGUUCAUUGCCAUCAACCUACAGUUUGAACAGUUGGUUCCUUCAGAAGCUGAAAAAGUUCCACUCUGUGAUCCAUUCCCAAGGUAUUGUAAAAGCUGAUUUCUUUCAGUAGACAGCAAUAUUAAAUACACUUUCCAGUCAUUAAUAUACUUAAUUAAUGCACUGUGGCCAUCAAUAUGUCCUCCUGUUUUCUCAACACAUGGUAUAGCAUAGCAAACAGUUGCACAAAGAGUUUGUUUAAGCCCUGAAAGUGUCAAUGGGUUUGUUUGGUACACCCAUGCCUUAAGGUGACAAAAUUAAACAUAAUAUCCAGUGGGGCUGUGUAUGUUUUAUCUAACACUGUAAUAGGAGUGAGGUUUUCCUUGUGCCUCAAAGUGCUUGUUUGGCUGUUGUUUGUUUUUAAAAUGUAUAAGGAAAUGUCUGUAGGGACCACAGCAGACUAUUGAAACACUGUGUCUCAGUGGGUCAUAAAAAGUUUAACAUCACUAGUAUUACAGCACUCUUUCAGGUCUGUGUGUUGUGUAUGACAAACUAUGUAAAAUGAAGAGGCAUUUUUCUUCUUUCAAUAAUAAAAAUUCCAACAUAUAUCCUGAAGAAAUGUAUACAUUUUGGUUUCUAAACAUAUGGGGGUUUAUUGUGUCAAUAGCUAGUAUUGUUCACUUUUCAAUGCUAGUAUUUAUUCAUACAGAGCUGUAUGCAGGUUUUCCAACAAUAUCUUUUCACAUCACUGAGGAAGAUUGACUUCCCUUGAAGUGAUUCUGUUGCUUUAAAGGAAGGAAAUUAAGCUGCAUCACACCAGAAACAACUGAUUGAGAAAUAAAGUUCAUGCUUCCUUUACUGAUCUAAAGUCAUGCCUGUAAAUGACAUUGAGAUGGUAUUAACCAUUAAAACUUUGUUAUAUGAAAGACUGAUAAAAGUGUAAAGGAUUGAUGUAGUUGCAGGUAUGCUCAUACUGUAUCUGAAAUUUCAGAAGUACUGCUUUUGGACAUGUAAGAAUAUAAAAAAGAUUAUAAACAAGAAACAUCUUUCUAGGUUUCUAGGUUGUUUGGUUGCUGGUAGCUAAUUGAUCCAAGGAUAUGAUCUACUGUAUCUGUUUCUUAAAAAGUCAUGGUGUUAACAUGAAGGCUCAGCUCCUAGAUUUCCCCCUGUGAUUGUGAUAAUGGUUGUGCUCAUGAGUGAAAUUGCCUGGGAACAUCAUUGGUUAGUUGCACAAGUCUUUGGAUCAGAAUUGUUUUACUUGUUUCUUCCAAGAAUACAGUGAUUAUGUUUAAAUGGUGAGCUGGGCAUUCUAAAUUAGGAUACAUGUGAUUGCACAUGUGAAAUUGUAGAUGCAGCACUCUAAAAUAAUUUAAACAAAAUAAUGAAUUCUGACUAAAUAUCAAAAAUGCUUAAUUAUUUCUGGCACUUCCUGUGAAGACAUUCUUGUAAUGUGUGACUUUUUUCAGAUGAUCACUGAUAGCCUCAGAUUCAUAUGAAUACUGACUGGAUAGCAUAUUAAAGUUCUGCCAUUUCUGUAUAAAGAAAUAAGAUAACCUAAGGACAUUUACCAAGAUUAUACUAACAUCUGCUGAGUAUACAACAAGGCAACAGGAUUUAUUUCUCUAUUUUUUAUAUAAUAUUUCCAUUUCAAUAAAGCUUUUUUCUCUC